CACCCUCGGAAAUGCUGCAAAAAUCCAACUGCUUGGUCCUGGCGCUGGUCUGCUCCGGGUUCCUUCUGGCCCUGGUCUCCGCCGACGAGGAGGAGGUCUCCAUGACCGUGGACGAGGUGGUGGAGCUAAUCGAGCCGUUCGGAGACGGUUGCACCCCCAAGCCGGCCAGGGAGAACAUCGUCGAGCUGAUUCUGAACAAAGAGGACCCCAAGAAGGAGUCCAAGUGCUUCCGCCACUGCAUGCUGGAGCAGUUCGAGCUGAUGCCCGAGGGCCAGUUGCAGUUCAACGAGGACAAGACCAUCGAGAUGAUGAACAUGAUGUUCCCGGACCGCGAGGAUGAUGGCAGGCGCAUCAUCAAGAAGUGCAACGAGCUCCUCAAAGCCGAGCAGGAUAAGUGCGAGGCUGCCCAUGGCAUUUCCAUGUGCAUGCUCCGCGAGAUGCGCUCCUCCGGCUUCAAAAUUCCGGAGGUCAAGCAGUAGGUUCUGGACCCUGUCCUGGAAACCCUCUUCCAAAGUUUAUUUUUUUUUUCGUUAGUUUUUAAAUAAAAUUUCUUAAAGUUGGCGAUCACGAUGUGGUUCCCAAAAAACACAAAUAAAGUGCCCAGCCAAGGA